GUCAACUUCACCGUACGACCGCAUCGAGGCACCCCUAGUCCUAGAGGCGGAUAUAUUUACACUGCAGGAUCUCGCGCGCCAAGCCUUUUGUAUUUGUUCUUCCCGCUGGCUGCAUCCCCGCUGGCGCUUUCGCCAAAGACCCGCCUCCGCCUUCACCUUAAACCGACAGCCGCAUAUAAAACGCGCCAGACCCUCGCGCGUUAUCUCCACCACCACACCCCAACCUUGGUCUAUCCUGCGACUGCAAUUCUUCAUUCAUCAUGCCAGACGUCAAGAGACAGGUGAAGAUAAUCACCACCCAGAAGCCCAUUGCCGAGCCCUCGCCUAUGGAGGGUUUCCCAAUGCGGUCUUGGACAAUCGAGAUCUGGCUGCUCGACGAGAGCGGAGCAGAAGUACAAGCAAAUGUCUUCGAGAAGGCUGUCUACAAUCUACAUCCGUCGUUCCCCAAGAAUAAGCAGACCUUUAAGAAACCCCCGUUCCGAAUCGAGGAGAAGGGAUGGGGCGAGUUCGACAUGACAAUCGUCUUGACAGCUUUCCAUAAGGGCGGCGACCACACUCUCGAGCAUGACCUCAAUUUCCAGAGUGAACGCUACGAGGCUAAACACACCGUGAACUUCAGGAACCCGCGACCAGAGCUCCUCGCUCUGCUAAGGGAGUCCGGCCCCGCUGGCGACGAGAACGGCGUCCGCGGGAAGGCGGGUGGUGAGAAGAAGAAGAGGAAGGAUAAGAACGUCGACAUGGAAAAGCUGGCCGACGGUCUUCAGAAGCUGAGCGAAGACGACCUCCUGCACGUCGUCACCAUGGUGCAUGAUAACAAAACAAGCGAGACCUAUACGAAGAAUGACGUUGAGAAUGGCGAGUUUCACGUCGAUCUCUACACGCUCCCUGACAACCUGGUGAAGAUGCUAUGGGACUUUACUGCCUCUAAGACCGAUUUAUAAGCAUGACCGCUUUCCCUCGCUAGUCUAAUCGACAUGCCUUGAGGGUCCUCGAGUAAAACCCGACCUCUUCAACUUCUGCCAAAGACGUGCAUCAAUGACUCGACCUCUAGAGCUGCUCAUCAUCUUCAUUCAUGCGCUUAGACCAGCAGGCCUUAGGUGAGGUUCCACAGCGCACCUGGCGUUCUACCAUUUCCUUUCUUUAUGUUUAAAAUUUCAUGGUAAGGUGGUCGUCGGUCUCUUUAUCCGGAUGAUAUCUUUUCCUCUCUGUGUUUAAUCCUAGCUUCGGAGUUUUGGCAAAAGUAGGUCGGGCGACAUGGACAUGGUCCGGGUCAGAUGAGCGACUUGAUAGGUGAAUUGACUAGUAGAUCG